GACUUACAGUCAAAAGCAACAGUAUACAAUGUUUAUAUAGGAGAUGAUAUUACUAUGGAACAGUGCUGUGAUAAUCAACAAACACUUAUAGCUGUCAAAUGGUAUAGAGAAGGUGAAAAAAGGACAGAGAUAGACCCUAGUGAUAAUCAGUACAGUGGAGGUGUCCUUGCUGUUCCAUCUCUGACAAUCAAGCAAACAAUUUCGGAGAAUGCAGGAAGAUAUUUGUGCAUACUGAUAUAUGAUAAUGAAGUAACGAAGACGUUUUCAUUUAAACUGAAAAUAAUACCUCAAGUCAAGAUUUACAAGGCAAUUUUAGAACACAGAAAAGAUAAAACAUUUUUAAAGCCAGCCGUUUGUAAUACUAUAGAUAUACAAAUGCAAGAAAAUAACAUAGUGGUCAUCACUGGCAGAGAAGGAACAGGGAAAAGUAAAAUAUGUCUGGAAUUAGCUUCAUUUUAUGAAAAUAAUGAUCAUAUGAUUAUUAAAGCAGAUUUAUCAGAAAAUUACACAAUAUAUACAGAUAUUGUCCAUCCAUUAAUAUUACUAAUAAUAGAUGAUGAAAAGUACACUCAAGAUUCUCUCAAUGACUUUAUGAAACACCAUUCACAAGUUUUAUUGAAAAGAAAUACCAAAGUGAUAUUGACCUGCAGGAAUUUUGAUUUAGACAUUGUGAAAAGUGUACCAGAAAUAAAUAAAUUGAAGAAUGAAGCAUUUAUAGACAUAAACAGUUGUUUAACAGCUAAAGAAAAAGAACAAAUGUUAAAAAGGCACAUGAAAGUGAAUAACAUUGCAAUAUCAGCUUCCAGUCAGGGUAAUUUCAAGGAUCCAAAACUUUUGACUGAUUUGUCUGUACAAGUUACACUCGAUGAACAUGCCAUCAAAAAAAUUAAGAAUGAAGAACCAUGGAAGGGGUUCCCCGUGUGUGCUUCAUUGUUUUGUUCUGAAAGAAUUUUUUUGCAUUUAGGAGAAAAAUAUUUUAUCAAUCCUCCAAGAUUUCUUGUUGAAGAACUGAAAGAACUUUAUAAAACUGCUAGAAAAAACUCGAAUUCUAUAGACAGAGUAAAUGAGUACUGUAUUCUAGUUUAUAUUUUGGUAAAUAGUAAUCAUUAUCUAGAUCUAAAUGAUCAUAAUCUCUGCAGAAAACUUGCUGAAUUAUAUCAAAUAUUAUUUCGGUUUGAAUUCAUACCUGAAAACCCUGGUUCAAAUGAAGAUCAGAAAAUAUCAAUAGAAAAAGCAGCAUACAGAAUGAACAACAAGUACCUCAAACUCCACGACGGCAUUUACAAGUUUAUUCAUCCAUGUAUGUCAAUAGCAAUGUUCCUGUCAUCUGAUUAUAUGGUUCUUUACCUACUGCAGAUUGGUUCAUUACAUGAUAUAACUGAGUUAAUACGGAGUGAAGUUUAUACUGCUUUGGAAAAUGAAUUAGUUAUUAAAAUUGAUACAGAAUAUCAUCACAUCCUUUGUGAGAGGUUGGUGAGACAUGUAUUUGAAAAUCAUGUCUUACUGGAGCUUGUUGCACAAUACAUUUACUUAUACUGGAGUUCAUCAGGUAAUGAGCUUGUAAACAAGAUGUUUAGCCAUAUUGAGUUUGUGUUUUAUCAAAGGUUUGGGAUACACACGGAGAACCUGCAGCCUCUUGGAAACGACAGUUUGUCUGACCACAGCAUUACAUUAGAAAAUAAAGUUUCUUUUCAUAAUAUUAUUGUAUUAAAUGAUCAGUUAACAUGUCAAGGAAGAUAUCCAUGGAUUUACAGACACGAUGCAGCAGAUUUUUGUAUACUAAGUGGGUUGGUUACGGCAGCAAUUGGUAAAUAUGCAACCAACAGAAAGCAAACUUUUAGAAUUCUGUUGUCAGAGUUUCAAAGAAGGAUACAGUCUGAAUCUUUUGCAGAACUAUGGAGUAAACCCUUAGAUUUCCAUGGAAACACAUUUUUUCAUUAUCUGAUGCUUUUCAGACAGGAGGAAGCUUGUCUAAUCUUAUGGGUCAAUGAAGGAAGAAAAAUUUUAUUUGAUACAGAAAAUGUUCAUAAAUAUACUCCACUUGAUUUUGCAGCAUAUUUGGGAAAGGUAAAAAUAUUGGAAGUUCUGAAUUUGAAGACUAAUGUUUCAAAGAAAAUAAAAGACAGACUUCAAAGACUUGCUAAAAGUGGGAAGAAUGAGUUUUAUAAUGAACACACAAAAAAAACAACUUAUGACCAAUCUGUGAUCCACAAAAUCAAGGAUGAGGGUGCUUCACCUGGAAAUCUUCAAUGUGAAGACGUUGGAGAUGAAAAAGAGGACAUAAAAAAAUUAUUGAAAAGGGCUUCCAGUCGCAGUAAGAAUAAACAUAUUAAAGCAAAAAAGCAAGUUAAGAAUGAGUCUGAAUCAGAAUUUGAUGAUGUUUUAUGCUUUGAUGUUUUUAUGAUGAAUAUUGUUGAUUUUGGGGAAAACGAAGAUUAUCAGUCAAGUAUUAAACUUUUAUGUAAAUAA